GGAAUUCACGAUUGCGGCGGUUUAGAAAUGAAGCCAUGGGCAAAGGCACACGAAUAUCCCUUUUUUUGCUUAUUUUCGGUUUUCGGUUUUCCCUUUCCUUUUCCCCCUUUUUAAACCUUCUUCUGUUAUUGUUGUUAGGGGAAGGAAGGCCUGUUGGGGUGUUUGUCACAUAUCGAUUCGCUUCUCUUCCAUUUUUUUCUCUGGAACCAAAUUCUAUCAUAGUAUUUAACUUUGGUUUGGCCAUCAUCAUCUCGACGACUUCCUUUUAUAUUGGGGGUGGAGGAGGCCCAGGCCAAGGGGCUGGAGCGGGAGCAGGGAACCCCUGCCAAGGCGUUCAAAACGCUUAACUUGAGACUCAGGAGACACUCCUGAACUGCAGGAUAAUUAAUGAGAGAUUCGGUUCAUAUGUCAAGAGAGGACCCUACUGAGAGUGCCAUCUCCACUUAGGAAAUGUUUAUGAUGUCAAGUUAGGAGGAAACGAAAAGUCCAUUCGAAGCCG